AAAAAAAAUAGAAGUGAAUAGAAAUGGAGAUCGUAGUGUUUUACAUCGUGUGUCAACAGUUUCUGAUAGCUUAUGUUUUAUAGUGAAAUAUAAAUAAAAGUGGAAACGUUUUCGGCUCCUUUGUGCAAAUAAUGUUCAUAGCUUGUUAAAUUUUAGCGAGUGUUUUUAGGCAAUAUUUUGUUUGUUUAUUUAACGCCAACAAGACGAAGUAAUCAUGGCGGAUCCACUAAGUUUGCUUCGCCAAUAUAAUGUAAAUAAAAAAGAAAUUAUUGAACGGGAUAACCAAAUCAUAUUCGGCGAAUUUUCCUGGCCGAAAAAUGUUAAAACAAAUUAUCUUAUGUGGGGUUCGGGCAAGGAGGGCUGCGAAAAAGAAUAUUACACAUUGGAAUGCCUGCUUUUCAUACUUAAAAAUACUCACUUGACCCAUCCUGUUUAUGUAAAACAAGCAGCUGCUGCAAACAUACCACCUGUGCGCCGUCCGGAUCGUAAGGAUAUGCUUGCAUAUCUCAAAGGUGAGACAGCAACAAGCGCAUCUAUUGACAAAAGUGCACCGCUAGAAAUUCCAACACAGGUUAAACGAACACAUGACCAUGAUGGUGGUGAAUCAGCAGCCAAGAAACCUCGUAUUGAAGAGAUUCAUGUACAGAAAGUGCGAGAGCAACUCGCAGCCCGCCUUGAUGCACCUAAAGAAGCUUCUGUCACAGUUGACAAUAUCAAAUCUCUAUCUGAAGCUAUGUCAGUUGAAAAGAUUGCUGCAAUUAAGGCAAAACGUUUAGCUAAAAAAAGGACUACAAUUAAAAGUAAUGACUACUCUGAUACACUUGGUGUGGUUGGGUCAGAUUUGAGGGCUAUUCUGGAUUAUGAUGUUGACCUCACCAAGGAUAUUAUCAGUCGAGAAAGGCAGUGGAGGACUAGGACAACAGUAUUACAAAGCAAUGGAAAAAUAUUUGCAAAGAGCAUUGGUGCACUACUUGGAAGUAUAAAAGCAAGGGAAGAAGGUAGGGCAGGAGUACCGAGACCCCAGCCAGUGGUGCUUCCUCAACCCACAGCAAUUCCUGCUCAGCAAACACAGUAUAACAGAUAUGAUCAAGAAAGAUUUAUUAGACAAAAAGAAGAAACGGAAGGAUUUAAAAUUGACACUAUGGGGACAUAUCAUGGGAUGACGCUGAAAUCGGUGACAGAGGGUCCAAGCGUGCCCGUUGCAGCGCGAGCUCCUCCCACACCGAGCCAUCCACGACAAAUGCCACAAAAUGGUCCCAUACCAAGCACACCAGGUCGUAAAGAGCUACUUCCAGUUGCGGCUGCAAGGCCUCCGACAGGCGGGGGGAAGAGACCCUCGCGAACGCCCAUCAUCAUCAUACCCGCAGCUGCCACAUCACUCAUAUCCAUGUUCAAUGUUAAGGAUAUGCUUCAGGAUCUCAAGUUUGUGGCUGUGGAGCAAAAGAAAGCAGAAGGAGCCACACGUGAAAACGAAGUGUUAUUGCAGAGGCGAAAGGGUCCAUCUGGUGAUAAUGUACCCAAUAACGCAACAACAAUAACGGUCCCAUAUCGCGUUGUGGACAACCCUGGCAGACUGUCGGCAGCCGAGUGGGACCGCGUGGUGGCCGUGUUCGUGCAGGGACCCGCUUGGCAGUUCAAAGGCUGGCCUUGGGAUGGAAACCCUGUACAGAUUUUUGCGAAUAUAUGCGCGUUCCAUCUGAAGUUCGACGAGAUGAAGUUAGACGCGAACGUGGCGCGCUGGGCGGUGACGGUGCUCAACCUGAGCCGCACCAAGCGCCAUCUCGACCGCGCCGUGCUGCUGGGCUUCUGGGAGACGCUCGAUAAGCACAUGAUGAAGAAUAAGCCACAUCUUAGGUUUUAAUUUUGUUAUAGUGUUAUUGAAUUUUAUCCCAUAGAUAAAUAAUAAAUAUAUUGUGUGAAUAUAUGAACGCCUUACUAGCAAGCGAAUCUAAGUCAAUUCAUACCAUUUAAUUACUAUUUUGACUGAC